GCAACUAUGUCAAGACCGAGGGGUUCGCGAACUUCUCCGGCAACUAUUACUCGAGAAUCCUAUCCAACGUUAGCUAGCAUCUAGGGUUUUAAGUCUGUUGAUUGAAUCAGAGGUACAGACUUAUUUUUUUUCUACGUCCAUUUCCGAGUGAUUAGAAGCUGCACUAGGAAGCAACCAUGAACAAUGAAGGUAGGCGGAGAGAUCGCAGGGAUUCGAGAAGUACCAAGAAGCAAAAGCUCAUUCGCAGUGCCGAAGAAGAAUUUGAAUCAAAACUUGGCUUUGAUCUGUUCACCGAAGGCGAAAAGAGGCUUGGAUGGUUGCUGACUUUUGCAUCUUCAUCGUGGGAGGAUGAAGAUACUAACAAGACGUAUAGUUGUGUGGAUCUUUACUUUGUUUCUCAGGAUGGAUCUACUUUUAAGUCGAAAUACAAAUUUCCUCCUUACUUCUACGCAGCCACAAAGGAUAAAAUGGAAUUGGAUGUUGAGGCAUAUCUUAAACGACGAUAUGAAGGGCAAAUUUCUGAUAUAGAAAUAGUAGAAAAAGAGGACCUUGAUCUGAAAAACCAUUUGUCAGGCUUAAGAAAGUCUUAUUUGAAGAUAUCCUUUGAUACAGUUCAACAAUUGAUGCGUGUGAAAAAUGAUCUACUGCAUGUUGUCGAAAGAAACCAGGCAAAGCUUGAAGCUGCAGAAGCAUAUGAAUCUAUAUUAAGCGGGAAGGGCAAGCAAAGACCUCAAGAUUUUAUUGAUUGUAUUAUUGAUCUUCGCGAGUAUGACGUUCCAUAUCAUGUUCGUUUUGCCAUUGACAAUGAUGUAAGAUGUGGGCAGUGGUAUGAUGUUAGCAUAUCAAGUACUGGAGUUACCCUAGAGAAGAGGGCUGAUCUUCUACAACGUGCUGAAGUUCAUGUAUGUGCAUUUGAUAUUGAGACAACAAAACUUCCACUGAAAUUUCCUGAUGCGGAAUAUGAUCUGAUAAUGAUGAUUUCGUACAUGGUUGAUGGACAAGGCUAUCUCAUAAUUAACAGAGAGUGUGUGGGGGAGGAUAUAGAAGAUUUGGAGUAUACCCCAAAACCAGAAUUUGAAGGAUGUUUCAAGGUGAAAAAUGUUAAGAAUGAGGAAGAACUCCUUAGACAAUGGUUUGCCCAUAUGCAAGAAGUGAAGCCUGGUAUUUAUGUGACCUACAAUGGUGAUUUUUUUGAUUGGCCAUUCUUGGAAAGUAGAGCAGUUCAUCAUGGAAUCAUAAUGAGUAAUGAGUUGGGAUUUCAAUGUGAUAAGAAUCAAGGGGAAUGCCGUGCUAAAUUUUCUUGUCAUUUGGAUUGCUUUGCUUGGGUCAAACGUGAUAGUUAUCUACCUCAAGGGAGCCAUGGUCUAAAGGCUGUUACAAAGGCUAAGCUGGGUUAUGAUCCCCUGGAGGUGAAUCCUGAAGAUAUGGUUCGGCUUGCCAUGGAACAUCCCCAGAUGAUGGCUUCAUAUUCUGUAUCAGAUGCCGUUGCAACUUACUACUUGUACAUGACCUAUGUUCAUCCAUUCAUUUUUUCUCUUGCAACUAUAAUACCUAUGCCACCUGAUGAGGUCUUGCGUAAAGGGAGUGGUACCCUUUGUGAAAUGCUUCUUAUGGUUCAGGCAUACAAGGCACAUGUUAUCUGCCCAAACAAGCACCAAACUGACCCAGAGAAGUUCUACAAUAAUCACCUUCUAGAGAGUGAGACAUAUAUAGGUGGCCAUGUGGAAUGCCUUGAAAGUGGGGUUUUCAGAUCUGAUCUUCCCACUAGGUUUCAGAUGGAUCCAUCUUCCUAUGAGCAAUUAAUCAGAAACCUUGAUCGUGAUCUGCAAUAUGCAAUAAGAGUAGAGGGUAAGAUGGAGAUGGAAUCGGUUUCCAAUUAUGAUGAAGUGAAGGAUGCUAUCAUGGAAAAGCUUGUUAAGUUGCGAGAUGAACCUAUACGUGAGGAAUGCCCUCUUAUAUAUCAUCUUGAUGUUGCUGCAAUGUAUCCAAAUAUAAUUUUAACAAACAGGCUUCAGCCACCAUCAAUAGUUACAGAUGAGGUAUGCACAGCAUGUGAUUUCAAUCGUCCAGGGAAAACUUGUCUCCGAAAGCUUGAAUGGGUUUGGCGUGGAGAAACAUUCAUGGCAAAGAAAAGUGACUAUUUUCAUUUGAAGAGGCAACUGGAGUCUGAACUAGUUGAUGGCAUAGAUGGUCAGUUGUCAAAAUCUUUUCUUGACCUGCCCAAGGCUGAGCAACAGUCAAAACUGAAAGAGCGCCUAAAGAAGUAUUGCCAAAAGGCCUAUAAAAGGGUCCUUGACAAGCCAGUUACUGAACUUCGGGAGGCAGGAAUAUGCAUGAGAGAAAAUCCCUUCUAUGUUGACACUGUUCGCAGUUUCAGAGAUAGAAGGUAUGAGUAUAAAGGACUAAAUAAGGUUUGGAAGGGAAAACUAGCAGAGGCAAAAGCCAGUGGAAAUUCUAUUAGCAUCCAGGAAGCACAAGAUAUGGUAGUUCUAUAUGAUUCUCUACAGCUAGCUCAUAAAUGUAUUCUUAAUUCGUUCUAUGGAUACGUCAUGCGCAAGGGUGCAAGAUGGUACUCAAUGGAAAUGGCUGGAGUAGUCACUUAUACUGGGGCAAAAAUAAUUCAGAAUGCUCGUCUACUGGUUGAAAAAAUUGGGAGACCUCUAGAAUUGGACACAGAUGGCAUCUGGUGUGCACUUCCUGGAUCUUUUCCAGAGAAUUUCACCUUCAAAACAAAAGACUCGAAGAAGAAGCUGACAAUAUCAUACCCUUGUGUUAUGCUUAAUGUUGAUGUGGCUAGAAACAAUACAAAUGAUCAAUAUCAGACACUCAAAGAUCCUGUGAAUAAGACAUAUACAACUCACAGCGAAUGCUCCAUUGAAUUUGAGGUGGAUGGACCAUAUAAGGCAAUGAUUCUCCCAGCUUCAAAGGAAGAAGGGAUUUUAAUUAAGAAGCGAUAUGCUGUCUUUAAUGAUGAUGGAACCCUGGCUGAACUUAAAGGAUUUGAAAUCAAGAGAAGGGGUGAGCUUAAACUUAUCAAGGUUUUCCAGGCUGAAGUUUUUGACAAGUUCCUCCAUGGGACAACCUUAGAGGAGUGCUAUUCAGCUGUUGCAUCUGUUGCCAACAGCUGGCUUGAUCUUCUCGAUAGUCAAGGUACUGAUAUCGCUGAUAGUGAGUUGCUUGAUUACAUAUCGGAAUCAAGUACCAUGAGCAAGUCCUUGGCAGACUAUGGAGAACAAAAGUCAUGUGCUGUGACGACUGCAAAACGACUUGCUGAUUUUCUUGGUGAUACAAUGGUUAAAGAUAAAGGGCUACGCUGCCAGUAUAUUGUAGCUCGUGAGCCACAGGGCACACCAGUAAGUGAGCGUGCCAUUCCUGUUGCUAUAUUUGAGACUAAUGCUGAAAUUAUGAAGUUCUAUGUGCGCAAAUGGUGCAAGGUUUCAUCAGAUGUGGGAAUUCGAUCAAUUAUUGAUUGGUCCUAUUACAAGCAACGACUCAGUUCAGCAAUUCAAAAAAUUAUAACCAUACCUGCAGCAAUGCAGAAGGUUGCUAAUCCUGUCCCUAGAGUAGUUCAUCCUGAUUGGCUGCAUAAGAAGGUCCGUGAGAAGGAGGACAAGUUUCGACAAAGAAAAAUAGUUGAUGUCUUCAGCUCGUUGAACAAGGAUAAUACCAAGCAAACAAAUUUCUCUGGCAUUAACUCCAAUCAUGUAUUGGGUGAGAUGAACAUGGAGGAUUUGGAAGACUUCCAAAACAAGGGCAGUGCUUCUGUAGUCGGACCUCGACCUGUAGUUCGUAGCUAUGAAACCAACAGGAAACAACAUUUAGUGAAAUCAUCUAGUUCAAUGAUUUCUUUGGCACAACAAACUGAUGCUACUUGUAGACUGAACCAACCUUUCAUGCCAUUGCAUCCAAAUACUAUAUCGGAUACAAAUGUUGACAGAAAUGCUGAUUACCAGGGAUGGCUUGAAAUAAAGAAGAGAAAAUGGAAAUAUGCUCGAGAAGAAAGGAAGAGGCGCAGGUUGGGCAAUCUGAGGGGACUAGAUAAAUCUGAUGAAGUUUCUAAGUUGUCUAGUGCUGUGGCAAGGCAGAAACAAGGCUCUGGUAGAAAUGGUGUCAGUUCAUUUUUCCGACGACAUGAAGUGUCCCUUGUGCGUUCAUACUGGCAGAUAAUACAGCUCAUCCCAAGUUCACACCCAGGGCAAUUUUAUGCUUGGAUUGUUGUGGAAGGAAUCAUGAUUAAAGUUCCCAUAAAUGUACCCAGAGUAUUUUACCUCAAUUCCAAAGCACCAGUUACAGAAGAAUUUCCUGGAAGGCGUGUUAAUAAGACUCUUCCUCAUGGACGUCCUAGUUUCAAUCUUAUUGAGGUGAUUACUGAUGAAGAUGAAUUCAGGGAAGGAAGCAAAAGACUUGCAGCUCACCUUGCUGAUCCAGAAGUUGAGGGGAUAUAUGAGACGAAGGUGCCACUUGAAUUUAGCGCCAUCCUUCAGAUUGGUUGUGUCUGUAAGGUGGACAGAAAAUCUAUGAGUCGAGAUGCACAGAGUAGCUGGGGUCUAAGUGAACUCCAAAUGAAGACCACAACAGAAUGCCUGUAUCUUGAGCAAUCUCUGUCCUUCUUUUACUUAUACCAUAGUAUCUCUGAGGGACGAGCUAUAUAUGUUGCAUAUUUUCCUGCAUCUGGCACAACACUUGUUGUGGUGGUUAAUCCUUUCCAGAACAAAGAGUUGACCCCAUCUAUUCUUGAAAAGCAAUUCCGUGAAGCUUGCCAAUCUUUGUCUAUUGAGCUCCCUUUGCGUGGAAAUGGCAUUGUUUUCAAGGUGGAAUAUGUUGGAUACGUCAAAGAUGCAGAAAAGCUUUUGCAAAGAGCAAUAAAUGAGUACAGACAACAACACCAUGGACCUGCAAUUGCUGUCAUUGAAUGUCCAAACAUUAUUGCAAUGAAGUCAGGCAUACGCGUUCUGGAUGAUUUUCCUUGUGUAAAUAUCCCCUGCAAUGUUCGUGAUAGCCACUAUCAGGCUCUUGGUUGGCAGAUUGUGGCUGCGAAAAUCGGAAUGCAACGAUGCGCUGCUUCUUCACAAUGGUUGAAUGAGCGAAUAUCUCUUUCGAGAUAUGCACAUGUUCCGAUGGGGAAUUUCGAACUUGAUUGGCUGCUUUAUACAGCAGAUAUCUUCUUUUCAAGAGCUUUGCAUGAUCAGCAACAGGUGCUAUGGAUAUCCAAUGAUGGUAUUCCAGACCUAGGUGGCAUCGUUGAAGAAGAGAUUUGCUUUGCUGAUGAAGUCCAUCAACUUGUUCUUAUUUAUCCUGGGGCAUAUAGAAAAGUGACUGUGGAGCUUAAGAUUCACCACCUGGCUGUAGAUGCUCUUCUGAAGAGCAACCAGGUGAAUGAAAUGGAAGGUGGUGCCUUGUUUGGAUUUGACCAGGAAAUAAAUUCUGGAGAACAGAUUGGUUUUGAUGAAACUAGCUUGUGUGCACCUGCAUUCCGUGUCCUGAAACAGUUGAUUCAGAGGUGUCUUGCAGAUGCAGUUACCUCUGGAAAUGUAUUUGCUGAUGCAAUCUUGCAACACCUCUAUCGGUGGCUUUGCAGCCCACAGUCAAAACUUCAUGACCCAGCUCUUCAUCGUGUACUGCACAAGGUCAUGCAAAAGGUAUUUGCAUUGUUGCUGGCUGAGUUUCGGAAAUUGGGGGCUACAAUUGUCUUUGCGGACUUCUCAAAGAUUAUUAUAGACACAGGAAAGACAGACUUGUCUGCAGCCAGAGCUUACUGUGACUGUAUAUUGAAAACUCUACAAACCAGAGAUCUUUUUGAGUGGAUUGAAUUUGAACCACUGCACUUCUGGCACUCACUGCUAUUUAUGGAUCAGUAUAACUACGGUGGCAUUCAGGCCAGAUCCCCUGCUGGAGGUUCUGUUAAUAUUUCGCAUCCUUCUUAUGAUGCCAUAGAAUCAGAAUCUCAAGUAGAAAUUGUAUCAAGCUGGAAUAUAGCUGAAUAUUUACCAAAGGAGACUCAGGAUCAUUUUGUUUUGAUUGUUUCUGAAUUUAUGUACAAGCCAUGGAAAUAUGCACAAAAACAAGCUGAAAUUAGUGCUGCUUCGAUGGGUGGUGACUUGUGCACUCCAUCAAUCACCAUUGCAGCAGCUGAGAACUUUGAAUCACAAGUGACAGGAUUUCUUAAAGAGCAGAUCAGCUCUUACUUUACGGACAAGCUUCUUAGGAUUGUUCGUGAUACUGUUUUCCACUUCAGGGGGGUGAACAAAUCUGAGAAUGAUGAUGCAUCUCAUGGAGUACCUCAGGUGGUUGGUUCUGAUAUACAUAAGGGGGAUGCUGCAUUGGAGUUCAUUAAGCAUGUCUGUGCUGCUCUUGCUCUUGAUCAUAAUGUUCAGCAUGAUAUUCUGGUCAUGAGGAAGAAUUUGUUAAAAUAUGUACGUGUUAGGGAGUUUGCUCCAGAAGCUGAGUUUCAUGAUCCCUGUGUAUCGUUCACCUUGCCAAAUGUUAUUUGCAGCUACUGCAAUGAUUGCAGAGAUCUAGAUUUGUGUCGGGAUUCAGCUUUGCUAGCCCAGGAGUGGCGAUGUUCCAUGCCACAGUGUGGGCAGCCCUAUGAUCGUGAACAAAUGGAGAAUGCUCUUCUCCAAAUUGUCCGGCAAAGAGAACGUCUCUAUCAUCUUCAGGACCUUGUUUGCCUCAAGUGCAACCAAAUUAAAGCUGCACAUCUAGCUGAGCAGUGUGCCUGUGCUGGUUCAUUCAGGUGCAAGGAAGAUGUGUCCGAAUUCUUUAGUAAAAUGCAAGUUUUCCUGAAAAUAGCUGUCAAUCAAACAUUCAAACUUCUUGAAGAAUGUAGUCUGUGGACCCUAGAAGUUCGAUAAAAGUAGCAUCUGCUUCUCUGAUCCCAAACUCAAUCUGCAUUGAUUCAUAGAGAGCUGCCUUCCCUUGGUUGACCUCAGGGAUUCCUUUUCCUGAAUGCACUUGUAGUCUGCUGCAAAUUAAUGUAUUAUAUAACCAGGUUAGGCAUGGAUAGGAGGGCAGCUUAUGCCUAAAGCUGAGGCAAUGUGACAGGCUUCUUUUUCAGAGGAGAUUGAGCUACAGAACUAUAUUCACUGCUCGCAUACAAAAGCAACUUCUGUGGAAUUGUUCAUAAUCAGUUUUGUGGGUCUAUUGUGCAGUCACUGUUGGUAUUUUCAAUUAUGAAAGCUCAAGAGCUGCCCAGGUGAUUCUAAAACAGAAGUGAUGUACCCCCUAAUUGGUGCCUCAUCUUCAUUUGCAGAGUUCAAUAUAUUCUCAAAAGCUUUAGUAAUUUUGUGUAAGUUUGAUUUUGUAUAAUAGCUUAUUAUAUUUUUGGUUGAAAGUUGGUUUAUUAUUGAGGCAUGUAUUUCGUAGCCCUUGUAUUAUUACCAGGUACUACGGUCAAUGUUGUAAAUCUAUCUAUGCUUAUCAUUAAUCCAACCGUUGAGUUUAUAAGC